CCUACAGUCACACAGCUAGAUCAUGGUGAACCCAGGAAUCAGCCUGAGGCACCCACUCUCCCCUCAUCUGAGGCUAAGAGUUUCCAACCUGAGAUUUCCCGAUAUCAAGUGAAACAAUGCAGCUAAAUAACAGUGUAACUGAGUUUAUAUUCUUAGGACUGACCCAGGAUCCUCUGGGGCAGAAAAUAGUGUUCUUGGUCUUCUCCGUUUUCUAUGUGGGGACGGUGGUGGGGAACCUGCUCAUUAUCGUGACCAUCAAGUGCAGCCGGACUCUGGGGAGCCCCAUGUAUUUCUUCCUGUUCUAUCUGUCCUUUGCUGACUCUUGCUUCUCGAUGUCCACAGCCCCUAGACUGCUUGUAGAUGCUCUCUCUGCCGGGAAAGUCAUAUCCUACAAUGAGUGCAUGACCCAGAUCUUCGUACUACAUUUCUUUGGCUGCUUGGAGAUCUUCGUCCUCAUCCUCAUGGCCGUUGAUCGCUAUGUGGCCAUCUGCAAGCCCUUGCAUUACUCAAGCAUCAUGAGCAGGCAAGUGUGUCUCACCUUGAUGGUCCUCGCCUGCGUAGGGUCUUUUAUACAUUCCACAGCUCAGAUCGUCUUGGCCUUGAGACUGCCCUUCUGUGGGCCCAGUCUGAUUGACCAUUACUGCUGUGAUCUGCAGCCCUUGUUGAAACUCGCCUGCAUGGACACGCGCAGGAUCAACCUGCUGGUGGUGUUGAACAGUGGGGCCAUCUGCUCAAGCAGUUUCGUUUUCCUGAUGAUCUCAUAUUUUGUCAUCCUGCAUUCACUGCGAAACCGCAGUGCAGAAGGGAGAAAGAAGGCUCUUGCCAUGUGCACUUCUCACAUCAUUGUGGUUGUCUUAUUCUUUGGCCCCUGUAUAUUCAUAUACAUUCGCUCCAGGACCACCUUCCCCAUAGACAAGAUGGUGGCCGUGUUUUACACUGGGACCCCUCUGAACCCCAUCAUCUACACCCUGAGAAAUGCAGAAGUGAAAAAUGCCAUGAGGAAGUUAUGGCAUAUGAAAAUUACAGCAGAAAUCAAAGGAUGA